CUUCACAACUACUUUGAACUAAACCCUCUCUCCGCUUGCUGCUUGUAAUCGAUUUUGUGGACUUUGUCAUAUAUCAUCAAGUGCUCCAGGUGUUGUUCAUUGUUUGGGUGUUUUCAUACUGCUUUGGUAGUUGAGAAAUGGCUAAUGAUAUUGAGAUGGUGAGAAGAGUUCAUCGAAGUUCUUCGGUAUCUAUACCGAUGAAUGCUUUGUAUCAAGAGGAAAAUGCUUUAGUGUCUCAUACUGGACCUUUACUCAGAGUAACAUCACGCAUAACACCUUCUGGUGAUACUUCUUGUAUAGAGCAGGAAAACGGAAUGAUUCAUCAAAUAACAAUGGAUGAUAAUGGUAACCGAAGAAAUGAACACCUCUUGAGGUCUGGUCCUUUGGGUUUAUGUAAUGAUCCUAAUUGUGUUGUAUGUCCUGCUGUUUAUAAAACCAAAAGGGCUACCAAUUGUCAGGUUGAUAAUAAGAAGAAUAACAAUGUUAAUGGGGAAACUGAACAAUGGGCUUGGAAAUCGUUUUCAUUUCUCUGUCCAUAUUUGCCAAUUAUGAAUCCCCACACAGGUGUAGUCCAAAAAUGGAACCGAUGUUUUGUGAUUUUUUGUUUGUUAGCAGUCUUCGUUGAUCCAUUGUUCUUCUUCCUCUUUCGGACACAACAGGAUAACAUGUGUAUUGUUCUUAACUGGUCUUUCGCAAUAGUCAUCGCUAUUGUCCGAAGUGUGACUGAUUUUGUUUACCUUUUACACAUGCUUCUUCAGUUUAGGCUGGCUUAUGUUAAUCCUGAGUCUCGUGUUGUUGGUGCUGGGGAUUUUGUCGCUGAACCUAAGAAAAUUGCUCUUCACUAUCUUCGUGGUUAUUUUCUGCUCGAUCUGUACAAUGUCUUUCCCCUUCCUCAGGUUAUUAUAUUGUUCGUUAUCCCAAGAUAUCUGGGAUCAUCAGCUGCAAAUUAUGCGAAAAAUCUUAUACGUGCUGUUGUUCUUCUGCAAUAUAUUCCAAGAAUUUAUCGAUUCUUCCCAUUGCUUGCUGGGGAGUCAACUAGUGGCUUCAUAUUCGAAUCGUCAUGGGUUAAUUUCAUCAUCAAUCUUCUCUUGUUCGUCUUGGCCGGACAUGUUGUGGGUUCUUGUUGGUACCUCUUUGGCUUACAGAGGGUAAAUCAAUGCUUACAUGAGGCAUGCUCUGGAUCUAAUGUUAAGUAUUGUAACAUGUUCAUUGAUUGUGGACGUGGGAACAAUAUCAACUUGUUUAAUUCAAAAGGAGAGAGUUGGCAAGAUUGGCGAAAUAAUGGAAAUGCUAGUGCUUGUUUUACUACUACUGGCAGUUUCCAGUAUGGAGUGUAUCAGCAGGCUGUUCUCUUGACUGCAGAACGUAGCAUUAUUCGGCGUUACCUUUAUUCUUUGUUUUGGGGUUUUCUGCAAAUUAGCACAAUGGCUGGCAAUCUGGCCCCAAGUUAUUUUGAAGGAGAAGUUUUGUUUGUCAUGGCAAUUGUCGGAUUGGGACUGCUCCUAUUCGCAUUACUAAUUGGAAAUAUGCAGAACUUUCUUCAAGGUCUUGAAAGAAGAAAAUUGGAAAUGCAACUAAGAAGACGUGAUGUCGAACAGUGGAUGAGACAUCGUCGUUUGCCAGAAGAACUAAGGAGACAAGUAAGACAGGCUGAACGAUUUAGUUGGGCGGCAACUCGAGGGGUUGAUGAAAGAGAACUGAUGGAAAAUCUACCGGAUGAUUUGCAAAGAGAAAUCCGUCGACAUUUCUUCAAGUUCCUAAAAAAUGUUCGUAUUUUCUCUCAAAUGGAUGAGCCAUUGCUUGAUGCCAUCUAUGAGAAAUUAAUCCCAAAGAUAUUCAUUGGUGGAAGUCAUAUUGUGUAUAAAGGAGGACCACUUGAAAAAAUGCUUUUCAUUGUGAGAGGUAAGCUUGAGAGCAUUGGAGAGGAUGGAAUUCCGGCUCCCUUGUCAGAAGGCGAUGUAUGCGGUGAAGAGCUGUUAUCAUGGUGCCUCGAACACUUCUCUAUCAGCAAACAUGGAGGUGAAGGGAAAAUUAAGCUUCCAAUAACACAACUACUGUCGAGUAGAACGGUUAGAUGCUUGACUAAUGUUGAAGCAUUUGCGCUCCGAGCUGCAGAUCUUGAAGAUGUCACUGCAUUGUUCGCCCGGGUCUUGCGAAACCCGAAAGUUAAAGGGGAAAUGAGGUCGAAAUCUCCGUAUUGGAGAACAAUUGCGGCCAUACGCAUUCAGGUUGCAUGGAGGUAUCGACAGAAACAGAGGCAGUUGAAGCGGGCGAGUAGUUCGGGCUCCGGCCAUGGAUCUGUUCAUCCUAGUCUCUGAUGCAUAUUCAAGAUUUUGUAAGAGAAAUUUUUUGUGGCAAGUUGCUCUGUGGUCUUUUUGCGUGUUUAUAUUUAUAUGUAAAAUAGGUAAAUGAUCAUUCAUGGGCAUAAUGUUGUUGAUCUGAUAGUUGAUGUUUUGCAUAAAUAUUAGAUAAAUUUUGUA